GUGGUCAAAGUGGAGAUUAGAAUUAGGCAGAGCCGUAUAUAUGAAUCGGUAUACAUGGUUAAAUCAGUCAGUAGAUAAUUGUUAAUUAUUGUACUAUAAUAUUGUAAUUAUUUAGAAUUAAAUACUAUAAUGAUUUUGCUUGAGAUACAUAACAGGAUACUAGAAGAAACAUUAACGAAUAAAAUAAAAAAUGCCUUAUCAGGACAUAAACCAGAAUCAACGGAUGUGGUUAUAGCAGAUUUUGAUGGUGUUUUAUUUCAUAUUUCAAAUUUAAGUGGUGACAAGUCAAAAAUUAGAAUUAGUAUUUUACUUAAAUUUUAUAAACAACUGCAAGAACAUGGAGCAGAUGAAUUAUUAAAACGUGAAUAUGGUCCUCAUCUUAUUGCUCCAGAAAGCGGUUAUAAUGUGUCAGUUUUGAUAGAUUUGGAAAAUUUACCAGAAGAUUGGGAAGCUUUAGUGAAGAAAGUUGGUCUAUUAAAAAGGCAUUGCUUUGCAAGUGUGUUUGAGAAAUACUUUGAUUUUCAGGAAGAAUAUUAUGACUCUCCUGGUACACAAGUUCAAAAGAGAGCAGUUAUUCAAUACAGAGAUCAGGAAACUAUGUAUGUGGAAGCUAAAAGUGACAGAGUAACUGUAGUAUUCAGUACUAUAUUUAAAGAUGAGGAUGAUAUGGUUAUUGGAAAAUUAUUUCUACAAGAAUUGAAAGAAGGUAGACGUGCUAGUCAUACAGCACCACAAGUUUUAUUUAAUCAUCGAGAACCUCCAUUAGAACUACAGGAUUCUGAAGCAGCAGUAGGAGAUUGUAUUGGAUAUAUUACAUUUGUAUUAUUUCCACGACAUACAAACAGAGAAGCACGUAACAAUACUAUUGAUUUAAUACACAUGUUCAGAAAUUACUUACAUUAUCAUAUUAAGUGUAGUAAAGUUUAUAUUCAUUCACGUAUGCGUACUAAAACUACAGAUUUUUUAAAAGUAUUGAAUCGCGCAAGAUCUCAAACAAAAAGUACUGAAAAGAAAACAAUUACCGGUCGGACAUUCAUAAGGAAAGAAUGAGUUCAUAUAAGAAUUAACAGUACUGAAACAGUUUUAAAUGCGAGAUAAACGAAAUGUUUCAUUUAUCUCAUAAUUUUGCUGACAAUUCUUAAUUUUUGGUAUACAGUAUAUGGUUUAUUAACAAAGGUUUGAUUACUGUCUUAUGAAAUUAGUAAACCGAAAGUUUUCCAUGUGUAAGAUCAAAUGUAAUUUUUUUAAAACAAUGGAAGAUAUUUUAAGCAUAUGUUUACAAUCCUGAAAAUAUAUUGGUAAAUUAUUUCAAACUUUUUAUUAAAUUAUACACAUUAAUUAUAAUUUUUUUAAUAAAUUUUUAUAAAUAUUUUUAUUAAGUUGAAAAAUCUAUAAAAAGUAUACAAUAUAUUUUGAUCUUUGAUAAAAUAUUGCGCAGAAUAUCAUUAGUCAUGAAAUUAAUCAAAGAAAUUUAGAAUGAUUUGUUCAAAGCAGUUUAUACGAUUUUCAAAUAUAUCGUCUCAUCUAUUAAAAGUUCAUUUAUAAGAUAUGCUCAAAGCAUAUAAAUCUGAGCUUUGAAUAAAUAAUUUAAACUUGAUUUAUCCAACAAUUCGAUUGUACUUUACAAAAAAUAAUGAAGAAAAUCGAAUAGGACAAGAUUACUCUACUUAAUAAAUAUUGUUGAAUGAG